UCCUCCUCCUCCUCCUUCCUCCUCCUCCUCCUCUUCUUCCUCCUCCUCGGGAUAAACAGGCUCUUUGCCUUUAAGUCUCGUGGAGCCCACUGUGCAGAGAAAUGCAGCACCAGCCUUCACACAAAGAUCCAGUGGUUUCUAAUUAUAGCCAAUCGUAUUUUUACCACACCUUAUUGCAUUAUGGAUGCCGCGGGAACGGUGUCCCUUCAAGAUAGCGUGGGAAUGUGUGAGUAGAGGCUGUGGCCGUGCGUCCUCCUCCUCCUCCUCCUCUUCCUCCUCCUCCUUCACCAUCAUCCAUCCAUCACAGGCUGCAACUGCAAAGAGCGUCUCAUCCACCGGAGGCUGCGGCGGCUGUGUGUCAUGUCUGGAGUCUGAAGACCCGGCUCCUCUGCGGGGAUCAUGCGUGGCGCGUAGCCGCAGCUGAGGACGUGUGUUUGCCGCCUGCCACGGGAGCGCGAUGCGGGAGUACAAGGUGGUGGUGCUGGGCAGCGGCGGGGUGGGCAAGUCCGCCCUCACCGUGCAGUUCGUCACCGGCACGUUCAUAGAGAAGUACGACCCGACCAUUGAGGACUUCUACAGGAAGGAGAUCGAGGUGGACUCGUCCCCGUCGGUGCUGGAGAUCCUGGACACCGCCGGCACCGAGCAGUUCGCCUCAAUGAGGGACCUCUACAUCAGGAACGGCCAAGGCUUCAUCCUGGUCUACAGUCUCGUCAACCAGCAAAGUUUUCAGGACAUCAAGCCCAUGAGAGACCAGAUCAUCAGGGUCAAAAGGUACCAGCAGGUGCCGGUGGUGCUGGUGGGCAACAAAGUGGACCUGGAGGAGGAGCGGGAGGUGUCACCCAGCGAGGGCCAGGCUCUGGCCGAGGACUGGGGCUGCCCGUUCAUGGAGACGUCGGCCAAGAGCAAGACCAUGGUGGACGAGCUGUUCGCCGAGAUCGUCAGGCAGAUGGACUUCUGCCCUCUGCCGGACCGGAGAGAGGCGUGCUGCCCUGCCUGCAGCGUACAGUAGCGGCCCGUCAGUGUGCUGGAGGGGUGAUGGAGGGGUGAUGGAUGGGUGGAGAGGAGGAACUAAUGCUGAUUCAUUCAUGUUAGAUCAAUGCAAGAUGGAAAUGGAGGGGGUUUUAAAUGUCACUCGUUGAUUUGAACAGAUUGAAGAAAACACAAUUUCAGCCGGUCAACAAAGAACUCGCCUCAUCAAAUCAACACCUGCUUAAGUCUAUGAUAUCUAAAGGAUAAGUUUGUUAUCUCACUGUUU